AUGACAUCCAAAAUUCUUUUAAAGGGCGGUACUCUUCUAGUACAUGAUGCCGCCGAAAGGGUGAUUCCCCGCCGAGUCGAUCUUCUACUCGAUGGAAAUUCCAUUAUCAAGAUCGAGGAAGACAUCGAUAUCAACGAAGCAAGCGUUGAAGUCAUUGAUUGCAAGGGUAAACUGGUAUCACCCGGCUUCAUCAGCACCCACCAUCACCUAUGGCAAACCCAGCUAAAAGGCCAACACGGCAAUCACACUCUGUUGGAAUAUAUGCCAUCCGGCAAUUUCAUUGGCUCGCUCUAUUCCACCGAAGAUGCCUUCUGGGGAGAACUGAGUGGUGCAAUGGAAGCCAUCGAUGCUGGCACAACAUCAGUGGUCGAUCAUUCAAGCCUCAAUAUAGGCCCCGAAUACCCACCGACUUUGAUCAAUGCCUUGGUAACUUCUGGUCUACGAGCUGUGUAUUGUCAAUGUCCCCCGCGGAAGAGUCCAGAAGACGAUCCUCUGAACGUCGUGGAUGACUAUAUCCCGACAUCCUCCCUCCGCACUUGGAAAAAACUUGCAGGAAUGGCUCCGUUCGCUGACGGACGAGUUCAGCUUGGUUUUGCGGUGGAUAACCUCUACCUACUCACGAGUCAAUUACAGGAACUCUACACCGGGCUUCGAUCGAUGAACGCAAAGAUCAUCACGUCACAUGCCGCAGCAGGAAAAGCGUUUGGCGGUGCUCCGUCUGUUGUGCAACUUCUCAAUAACGCCGGUUUACUUGGUCCCGAUAUUCUCAUCUCGCAUGGCAAUUUUCCGAAGGAUGGCGAUGCCCGCCUUUUGGCCACGCACGGCGCCUCUGUGUCUUCAACGCCAAACACAGAGCUCCAAAUGGGUUGUCCGCCUGUAGCCUUGAUACCUGAAUUUCGAUCACUGGCGAGUCUAGGAGUGGACUGUCACAGCUGGGGCAGCGGCUUUAUGCCUGGACAGAUGCGUCUGUUGCUUCAGCAUGCCCGAACGGAGCAUGCGGCGAAAUUGGAGGGGAAAUGGAGUCGCCAUGUUGGACCUACCGUGGAACAGGUUUUCAAUCUGGGUACUAUUAGUGGUGCUCGGUCGAUGGGAAUGGCUGGUGAAAUCGGUCAGAUCAAAGUCGGAGCCAAAGCGGAUUUGGUCAUCUUCGACACGACGAGUCCAUCGAUGUUGGUGGCUGCGCAGGAGGACCCGGUUUCCGCUAUUGUUCUACAUUCCAGUGAGAGGGAUGUUGACACCGUCAUUGUGGAUGGCGUCGUGAGGAAGAAACGAGGGAAACUGUUGCCCGUUACCAUCUCUGACGUUCCUGCGCCUGCUCCAAGCCUCACCUUUGCUCGUCGGCAACUUGAAUGGAUUGACAUUAUGAACGCGGUACUGGACAGCCGCAAAAGGAUCAAAGAGAAAGCACGAGGAAUCGAUUUCAGAGUGGCCGAAGAAAGGCUCAUCGAUGCGUUCCACAUGGAUCGAAGCACCAUGUAUGAGACAGUCUAA